UAAGACAUCAGGUGUGCGUGAGUAUUUAAAUUGGCCCGACUUAAAAAAAGCAUGUUGUUCCCUUUCAAUUAAUUUUUGAAGGAGGAAUCAGCACAUAAUGAUUCGGGAUGGGCUAAUUUAGGUCACCCACUAGUGUAGAGGUCCAUUAAUAAGGCAUGACACAAUACCCUACUUUGGGAUGGCUCCUCAGUCAUCAAUAAUGCAUGAUGAUUUUCAAAUUGCAUAUUUUAUACCACAGAAAUGAGUCCUGCAUGAUGGGUAUAGUUCACAUUGAGAUAUCAAAACGAUAUUUAAUUAGUUUGAAUUUGCAAAUGGUUUCAUCUGUAGUUAAUUUGUAUAUGGUUGUGGCCAUGGAGAUGACUAAUUGACUAUAGACAACAAAAAUUCAUCGUCCAUAGGAAAGAGUCUUAGUACGCUCCAAACGAUAAUGAAGGUCUGAGUUAGUAGACUAUGAAGAAAAUAUCAGUUGUAGUUGAAUGGCUAAGAACUUUUUGUCGGUGGCAAAAAUGACAGUGGUAGAAAUUAAGCUCUAGUGGAAAUAAGUGCGAAUGAUUGAGUGUAUCUUGCAGAUAACAUGGACUGAAUAAGUGUACUUGGAAAAGUUGGAUCACUUCCCUCAGAGAGUCAGAGUUACUCAGCCUUGUGUAUUCCAAAGUGUUAAAUAAAUCUGCACUAUGUCCCUAAGCUUUAUUCCCUGAGAACACUGUGAAUAUAUAAGGCCCGGUGCAUGAUUAGUUGGCAAGUGCCCUCCUCCAAAACAAGAGGGCACUGCAAUAGCCGGAUCAGUAAUUUAUACUUUGCUAGCAUAGGUCACUGCAGCCAACUCGGCCAUCUCGUCGCCCUAGUAGGACGCCUGGAUCUCAUGCUUGGUCCGUCCCAGAAGGACCGCUUUCUUUACUAUACUGAGUUGCUGACACUUUUUUGGGAUGGGAUUACUGACAGCUGCAGUUUCGUUCAAAUCUUUGAAACCAAGUUGUGAAAAUGGAGUUUGCCAGAAAGCUACAACUAUGCAGACUAUCUUCUUCUACUCAUCGUUAUACAUUAUUGCCCUUGGUGCUGGCGGAACAAAGCCAAACAUAUCAACAUUUGGUGCAGAUCAAUUUGAUGAUUUUGAUUCAAAGGAGAAAAGGCUCAAGGACUCUUUCUUUAAUUGGUGGUUGUUCAGUUCUUUCACCGGGGGUUUAUUCGCCACAGUUGGCCUUGUUUAUAUACAAGAAAACUGCGGAUGGGGAUUAGGAUACGGCAUUCCAACUAUUGGUCUAAUUGUUUCCCUGAUCAUAUUCUACGCGGGCACUCCAUUAUACAGGCACAAACUCAGAAAUGGUAAUAGUCCUACAGGAGAUUUGAUUCGAGUUUACGUUACUGCAUUUGCAAAGAGGAAGUAUGAGCUCCCAAGAAAUUUAUCUGGACUACAUGAAUUAGAACCACAGCAAUACCUGAAUACUGGAAAACGUCAAAUCUAUCACACUCCAGAUUUCAGGUUUCUAGACAAAGCUGCAAUCGAAAAGGAUGGGGACAAUAAUAUUGGUACAAAGCCACCAUGCACUGUUACUGAAGUGGAAGGAGGCAAGAUUGUGCUAAGAAUGAUGAUAAUAUGGAUAGCAACACUAAUUCCUAGCACCAUUUGGGCACAAAUCAAUACUCUCUUCAUCAAGCAAGGAACAACUUUAGACCGACACAUGGGCAGUGGUAACUUCCAGAUACCAGCAGCAUCCCUUGGGAGCUUUGUGACAAUCUCAAUGCUGGUCUCCAUGCCAAUAUACGACAAAAUAUUCGUCCCCUUCAUGCAAAAACGAACAGGGCAUCCGCAAGGAAUUACUCUUCUUCAGAGACUUGGCAUAGGAUUCGUUUUCCAAAUUGUAGCCAUUGGAGUUUCCUACUUCGUGGAGGCUAAAAGAAUUCACAGGAUAAAAAUGUACCACGUGCUCGGGCCUAAAGACAUGGUGCCUAUGAGCAUAUUUUGGCUGAUGCCUCAAUAUGUUCUGUUAGGAGUCGGAGAUGUGUUCAAUGCUGUUGGUUUGAUAGAGUUCUUCUACGAUCAGUCACCCGUCGAUAUGCAAAGCCUCGGGACUGCAUUUUUCACAAGCGCAUUAGGAGCUGGGAACUUCUUGAAUAGCUUUCUGGUGACAAUGGUGGAUAAAGUUACAGGAAGCCAUGGGGGAAAGAGUUGGAUUGGAAAUAACAUAAAUGAUUCUCACUUAGAUUACUAUUAUGGUUUUCUUUUGGUUUUGUCUACGCUCAAUUUAGGAGCUUUCGUGUGGGUAGCUAGCAAGUAUAUAUACAAGAGGGAGUAUUGCAGGGAAGGCCAAGAAGGAAGUUUUGAAAUGAAAGAGAACACUUAAUAUAGCUUAGUGCCUUGCAUAAAGAGAUGGUUUUGUUAUUAGUAGAAAUAAAUUCAUAGAGGAGCCAAAUCGAGAAGAUUUUUAGAGUGUUUACAAGCGUGCAUUUCUACAUGUAGAAAUUUCUUGGAGAGGACCAUGAUCUACUAUCUUUCUCUCAAAACUUGCAAAGCCAAUUGUGCUUUCUCUCUUUU